CUGCAAUCACGUGUUCUGUGAAUAACAGCGCUUACCCUCCUCCAACAAUGCAGUGGUAUAUCGGGGAUACAUUGGUCAAUGUGACAGGAAAAGAACUGGAACUCACGGCUGAUAGACAUAAUGAUGGAAAAAUGUUACUCUGCAUCGCCACCAAUAACAACAAAUCGCUCAAUGCAUCAAAAGUCUUAAAUAUUCUGUAUAAACCUGUCAUAAAUAUUGCUCCAUCCCAAUUACUUACCGUUAACUAUGGGGACACAGUAUCAGUCAACUGUGUAGUGGUGAAGUCUAAUCCUGCAAAAAUUCUUGAAUACAUAUGGUCAACACAGGGACAGGAAAGGGUAAUUGGGAGAGAAUCUAACCUCACCAUCAUUGAUGCUUCUUUAAAAGACAAUGGGACUUUUCAAUGUAGCGCUAGGAACAGUGUUGGGACGUCUAAACUAUCAUAUGUAACAGUGAUUGUUCGCUUGGUACCUCCACGGCCACAGUAUGUCAAGGCACUUUGCUGUGAAACACACGCUGAUGUUGUGUGGGUAACAUCACUCUCUGGGGAUGUAGAACAGAAAUCAUUUAUACAGUUCAGGGAAUCUGCACCACAUAGUACGUUCUUCAAUACAACUUCUGGCUUCAUUUCUACACAGGAGAAAGGACUCUACUCGGCCAGAGUGAAUGAUUUAGAGCUCGACAACACAUACAUCUUCAGAGUGGUAUCCCUGAACCAGUAUGGAAUUGUUACUUCUAGAGAGGCUUCAUGUAUGGUAGAAGAAAAUCAAGGUCAAUCAGCUCCAAGUGUAGCUGCCACAGUCGGAGGAACAGUCGGUGGUUUGAUGGUUUUAAUAUUGGUAGUGAUCAUAACAGUUAUCAUCAUCCUAAAAGGUCGGCGUCAACAUAAAUCAGAAAAAGGAAAUCUGAAAACAUCAAGUGGACAAACAAAGUAUGAAACCCAAACAGAUGAUGAUUUUGAAGCCCAACAGUACAAUGUGAUAUCAAAAGAUGUUACUGCCAAUUUGGAACCAAGUAAUGAGUAUGAAGAAAUCAAGAGUAAGGGUAUCAAAACAUACAUUGAACUGGAGGAAACAAACCCAAGGAGAGAAGAAAAAGGAUCUGAUGAUUUAAACGCCUAUUAUUCUAAUGCAUCGUGAAA